CGUGACGACCGCGUGGCUGUCAUGUUCCUUAUCCCCGCCUCUUCCUAUUUCCCUCCAUCCCCCUUUGUUUGUUCCUUGCUUCUCUCCCUUUUCGCCGGUACUCUCCAAUGGCUCUCCGAUCCCUUUCUUCCUCCCGGUUCGUUUACCCUAGCCUCAGUGCUCCUUGCCCCACACCGUCAAGAGCCCAUUCCGUCAGAACACCAGGAAAUGUCCAUAAUGGAAAUGUUUACACACAUUUUCCCUCAUGGAGUUCAUCUUUUGCACCUGUAUUCUCUUGCAAGAAUUUGGGCAAUAAUAAACAACACAAGAGAAGAGCUGGAAUCAUCAAGUGUGCAACCAUUGAAGAAAUUGAGGCUGAGAAAUCUGUGAUUGAGAAGGAUGCUAGAGAUAGGAUGGAGAAGACUAUUGAAACAGUCCGAGCAAGUUUCAAUGCAGUGAGAACAGGAAGAGCAAAUCCUUCUAUGCUUGACCGAGUUGAGGUUGAGUACUAUGGUACUCCUGUCAGCUUGAAGAGUAUUGCACAAAUCAAUACACCAGAUGGAAGCACUCUUCUUGUGCAGCCCUAUGACAAAUCUAGCUUAAAAACUAUUGAGAAGGCAAUAGUAAGUUCUGACAUUGGUUUAACACCAAACAAUGAUGGAGAGGUGAUACGACUAAGCAUCCCUCAAUUGACAUCUGAGCGGAGAAAGGAACUAUCCAAAGUUGUUACCAAACUUGCCGAGGAAGCAAAGGUUGCAGUAAGAAAUAUACGAAGAGAUGCAAAUAAAGCUUACGAGAAACUUGAGAAAGAGAAGAAACUAUCUGAAGAUAAUGUUAAAGAUUUGUCAAGUGAUCUUCAAAAAAUGACUGAUGAGUACAUGAAGAAGAUUGAGGCCGUCCAAAAACAGAAGGAAAAGGAACUGUUAACAGUUUAGUGCCCAACAAACCAUGUGCAUCUAUUAACUUCUUUUGCUGGCGAUCACACUUCACCGAAUUUAUGGCGGUCUUAAUUCUUUUCCGUGUGUACAAAGUCCUCUUUCGAACUACUGAUCAUGGUUCUAUUAGGACUGGAAGAUCGGCAUUGCAUUUGAUGCCGUGAAUUCUGUUUUGAGAUUUCAUCUUUUUUGAUUCAGUGCAUGAUCAAAGUAUUGUCCUUGAAGAACUUAUCAGCUGUAUCAUAAAAAUAUGUUUUA